AUGGUCCUGUCUCUCAGCGAAUUUCCAGAAGAAAUACUCUACAAUAUCUUGUUGUUUUGCAGUGCCUCGGACACAAUCGUUGUAGGAUGCGCUGCGCGACGGUUUUGGGGGGUUGCAAACGAACCACUAUUAUGGAGGCAAUACUGCCAGACUCACUUUAAAUUUUGGGCCCAAAGGCAUGACAUGCCAGCAAAGCUUGCGAGCCCAGUCUCGAGUGUGGAUUGGAAAGCGCUCUACAUAACCCGACAUCUUGUUGAUCGCACCACCAGUCAACUCCUGGACAGCAUCCUUACCAGUCAAACUGGAAGGAUAGAAAAAUUUCGAUCAAUUAUCCGGUUUGGUUAUGAUGCAAAGGACACUCUUCUGCGCAAUAUUUUCGUCGACUCGUGUACAGAGGACCACCUAGCUCGCAGGUUUGUGAUCUUCGGCUGCUUGAAACACUACUCUAACACCUGUGAAAGAUACUAUGCCGAAGCGGUCCUGACUAGUUUACACCGAAGCAUCGCCAUUCCAGAAUGGGAUGCACUUAGAAAUGGGAGUGCGAUAUCGCUUGCUAAUGCGGUAGGCGCGUUUGACCUUUUCAUACCCGAAAGCAGAUUUGGAAAUUUUGAUGAGAUUAACGAUAGGCUGGACGGGAUAUUUUCCCGUUUUCUCCUCGAGUAUCCAGAUACACUCAAUAUGAGCCCUCGCGAAAAGGCGAGUGCUAUCGCUGCAUAUUUGAGAGCUCAUAGCAUGAUCGGUAUCGAACCCGGCCGGGAGUAUCACUGCCUAGAACACAACUUUCUAGGCCUUGCACUGGAUGAUGCCGGGCAUAAUUCACUACCGUUGGUGUCAGCGGUCAUAUACUGUCAUAUUGCACAGAGGUUUGGACUUAAUGCCCGUCCAUGCGGGUUUCCUUUCCACGUCCAUGUUAUUGUUAUGCCUCCUUUGGGUUUUGACAUUGACGGUAACACUUUGGAUACUAAUACUCAAUUUGAACCGAUUUACAUGGAUCCCUUUCGUUCCAGCAAAGAGACCCCAACGGCGGACAUGAAGGCUCAAUUGAAUUUUCUGGGGACAUCACCAAUGGAGCAAUCGGCCUUUUUGGGUGAAUCAAGGACAUCUGAGAUUGUGCUACGGUGCAGCAAGAAUAUUUUAAAUUCAGUACAACGUAUCGGUCAGUUUCCCGGUGGGCGAUUGGUGCCAGUCGAUGUUGGUUGCGCGCGAUAUGCUGCACUUUGGUCGUCCUUGUUAUUAUCAAACCCUCUCCGGCCGGCUGAGUUGCGACAUCACCUUCUUUGGUUAAUGGAGCUAGUCGCGACGGACUUUCCGUACGAUGUGUAUCUCGUUGAGCAAUAUGUUGCGUCUAUUUUCGGUGGGACGCUGGAAUUUGAACAUAUUAUGGAGAGCGUACAUGUCAUCAGAGCCGUCGAUGCCAUGCAGAAACAGCCGAAACGGCGGCCUUCUGGGCACAAGAGGGUGAGCUAUCGCAUUGGUCAAGUAUUCAGACAUCGUCGUUAUAAUUAUUCGGCUAUAAUUACGGGUUGGGAUGCUGAGUGCGGGGCUGGCGAGCAGUGGAUGAGAAGGAUGGGGGUGGACCAUCUCCAAAGCGGAAGACACCAAAGCUUCUACCAUGUGAUUGUGGAGGACAAGAGCGUCCGAUAUGUUGCUGAGGAAAAUGUUGAAGUCAUAACACCGGUCAUGUCAGAGCUACCGCCAGCACUGGUUACGGUGGCGGGGAGGUAUUUCAAACGCUGGGAUUGUGCAUCACGAAAAUUUGUGAGUAAUAUGAUGGAUGAGUAUCCUGAUGAUUAG